AAAAGCUCAGGGUUGGCACCAAGUUGAUCAUUCGAUUCAGUUCCUUCGUCAGAUCAACUUCAGUUCUGAAUUUGUCUGAAUCUUGAAAAAUCUUUCCACGUGUCUAUCAUUAUGAUUGCGCAUCGUGUCAUGUUGUCAUUAGUCGUGAUGUUGUUGAUGGCUGUUUCGGCUUUGGGUGGACCAAUCGGCUCUUCCUACUACACCACCGCCGAUCCGCCAAAGUACUACACCACUGCUGAUCCGCCAAAGUACUACACCACAACUACUGCAGCCCCAAGUUACUACAAGGAGGACCCGAAGUACUACUCUGCUCCAAGCUACACCACUGAAACACCACAGAAUUACGCAGCACCAACUUACUACACCACUGCUGCUCCUUCGUAUGAUGUCCAUCCAAGUUACUACACCCCUGCUGUCCCCAGUUACUACUCUGCUCCAAGCUACUCUGCUCCAAGCUACUCUGCUCCAAGCUACUCUGCUCCAAGCUACUCUGCUCCAAGCUACUCUGCUCCCAGUUAUACUGCAACUUACUACGCUAAGGCUGAUCCUGAAUACUACACCACAGUUGCUCCCCACUCCAAGUGCUAUUCAGCACCAACUUACUACACCAGCAAGACUGCCCCAGAGUACUACACGACUGCUGCUCCUUAUUAUGUUGAUCCCAUUUACUACACCAAAGCUGCCCCCAGCUACUACUCCGCUCCAAGCUACACCACUGAAGCUGCCAAGUAUAGCCCAGCUCUAAAUUACUACACCACUGCUGCACCUUACUACGCUGAUCCAAUUUACACCACGAAAGCACCUGAGUAUUACACCGCGGCUUCCUAUUACACCACAAGCAAAGCGCAAGAGUACUACACCACAACCUAUGCUGCUCCCAGUUACUACACCGAGAAUCCAAAGUAUUACAGCAACACCAAGGCUCCUGAGCACUACACAACAACCUACGCAACUCCUGCCUAUUACAAAGAGGACCCAAAGCCUUACCCCACAGCCAAUCAAUACGCUGAAGUUCGAAAAUAUUAAUUGAUCAUUGUUGUUUUCAUAUUAAUUAUUUAUUGGUUGAACUUGAUUGCCCGCCAAAAUAUAAUCAUUGUAAAUUAAA